GCCGCUGAGCCGGCGCGACCCGUGCGUCGCUGUGCCACGCGUCUGCCGCCUGCGGGCCGUGGACCGGUCCGGGCGCGUCAGUGAACCGCGCUGGUGGUCUGGAGGCGGAGCCGGCGGGACUCCAGCGUCACCGAGCCCGGCCGUGGGACGAAAGCACGGUCUCCGUAUGAGCUCUCCGCAGCCAGCCGCGGCGCAACAGGCCGCCAUGGCGCCGCCUCGUCGGUCGCGACUCUCUUCUGUGUUCGUCGGUGGUGUGUUCUCCACGGGUGUGCUGCUCUGGACGCUCACCAACCGCCUGGAGAUGCCUGUCAGCGGGGCUCCAGGAUUUCGACAUAUUCAGCACUCAAAACAAUCGAAUACGGGCUGUGAGUGCCUGCUUGACCUGCACUGCCCACGCUACAACUUUGACUACCCGCAGGAGAAGGAAACUUACUGCAAGAUAUAUCGCUUUCCUCUUCGGAGCACCCAGAGCUGUCUGAAGUGGCGAGACCACCAGUUCGGCAGAUCUACGCACAUCGUGUUGCUGGGCGACCUACGGCUGCUGUACCUGUACCGCUACAUCCGGGACGAGCUGAUGAGCGAGUCGGAGCGGGUGGAGGGUCCCGCCUACUGCAGGUCAGUGCACAAGAACUGGACACACCCCUACCUGCAGGAGGCUGCGGCGGCCGUCCAGCCCCCCGAGCCCUGCAGGCACUUGGCCAUGAACCGCCUCGCCAAACUGGAGUAUCUGUGGACGGCCGACAGUCUCUGGCCGGACAUCCUGCAGCGACUGAUCGACCGCUGUCGCCUCGGCGUGUGCCCGUCCGUACUGGUGGUCUCCUCCAGGCUGGAUCUGGCUCUGAGGGAUCACGAGGACAAGAGAGAAUUAUCAAUGUCAGCGGUAUCUGAGCACGUUCGUCGCGUGCGUCCGCUUUUGGAGCUCCUCCGCUCGUACGGCGUUCCACGUCUGGUGGAAACUGCAUGAGAACCUGCUGGAUAUGGGCCUCGAACGAAGAUGUCCCCCAAUUCAACGAGAUCAUCCAGCAGCACAACCUCAAGUUGAUCGGAGCUUUGUCGCGGUCGACCAUCCCCGUGUGGUCCUCGACGGGCGCCGUCGGCUGGAUGCACCACCACACGUGCGAGGCACGCAGGGGCGUCAAUGCCUCCGUGUCGCCCGACUUCCGCUGCCACGAGCCCUACUACCUGGGCAACUGGGCGCAGAAGCAGUACCUGGACACGAUGCUCAACUUCCUGUGCGGUCGCGUCCACCCCAUGGCGCAGAACCCGUGCUGCGUCGGCUGGUCCUGAGAGACGCGCCCGAAGGGGGAGGGGGGUGAAGGCGGCGGAGGUGGUCCCCUCGGCCCGGAGGCCGUGGGCCACCGGCCCCGGUGGUGACCUCGCGAGCUGCUGCACCCCGUCAGCCGGGUCGCAUGUGAUGAGGGGACUGCAGCUGGGCGAAGGAGUCCACGAGCCGCGCCUGCAGUGCCUCGAAAUAUGAAUAUUGUGAGGUGAUCAAGAAUCGCUAUUGUGGCUCAGGGCCGGUGGUGCAUCAGCUGAUCGCGAAAGGCCUGUAUCUGAGCGAUCUAGGGCCGGGCAUGUGUUGUGGAAUCGGUGGAGAAUUAAACUGAUGACGUUAUCGCAAACGGGACAAGGGAGAUUAUUACGCUCUGGUAACAUCAGACUUCGUUUUGCUUCGUCAUCAGCCGUGUUGUUUCCACGAAUAUCGGUAUGUCCGGGUAUGCAGAGAAAUAUUACGGAGUUUGUUGGGGAAGGAAGCAGAGCGUUCGACGUAUACCGUUCAUAAUUGAAUGACAUGAAUUGCGAAGCGUGCCGAGAGCUUGUACCGAGGAAUGAGAGUCAGUGCAUAUGACUGCCCUUUGUAUGUUACCUUGUUUGUUGUGGAGCAGGCAUGCAAGUUGUUGUUAUUUCAUUUUUUGACACAGUGUUGUAAUUUAACAGGCGAGUUGAUUUAUGAUAAUUAUAAUUACGCAGGCGGCCCCCGUGCGGCCAUCGCGUUGGGAGCCUUCAAUAAAUAUAAACGUGUACUGAU